AUGGAUCAAGACAACAGGGUAGUUGUGUUGAUUGAUAUGGAUUGUUUUUAUUGUCAAGUUGAAGAGAAACUGAACCCAGAACUGAAAGGAAAACCAAUUGCGGUGGUGCAAUAUAACCCUUGGAAAGGUGGAGGAAUAAUAGCAGUGAACUAUGUUGCGAGGGAUUUGGGAGUAACAAGACACAUGAGAGGUGAUGAGGCCAAAGAGAAAUGUCCUAACAUUCAGCUGCCUUCAGUUCCUUGUCACAGAGGAAAAGCUGAUAUAUCAAAAUAUCGAGAUGCUGGAAAAGAGGUAGCCAGAGUUUUGCAAAGAUUCACGGCUUUGUUAGAAAGAGCUUCAAUAGAUGAAGCAUACCUUGAUAUUUCAGUGCCAGUGCGCGAAAGACUAAAAACAUUAAAUAUAGGUUCAGUAACUAAAGAAACGUUACCGAAUACCUUCGUACUGGGCUACGAUUCAAUAGAAGAGUUCAUGUCUGACGUACUCACGGGUGGUGCAGAUUCAAUAGAUUUUGAUUUUGAACACGCCAAACAGCUGCUGGUAGGUGCUGUCAUUGUGAGUGAAAUAAGAGAAGCGGUCUAUAAAGAAACAGGUUUUCGAUGUUCGGCCGGUAUAGCUCACAACAAGAUCUUGGCGAAGCUGGUGUGCGGCAUGAACAAGCCCAACAAACAGACAAUACUGCCCAAACAUUCCAUUGAUAUUCUUUACAGCACGCUGCCAGUGAAAAAGGUUAAACACUUAGGAGGAAAGUUUGGCUCCAUGGUAUGCACGACACUAAAGAUUGCUACAAUGGGCGAACUAAAGAAGUUCUCUGCGAAGGAAUUGCAGAAGAAGUUUGAUGAGAAAAAUGGAGCUUGGCUGUACAACGUGGCGCGCGGCAUAGACCCGGAGCCGGUUCAGGCCAGGUUUAACCCGAAAAGUAUUGGGUGCUGCAAAAAUUUUAAAGGCAAAUCCGCCCUCGUCGAUGUGGACGCGCUCAGGAGAUGGCUCAAGGAACUCGCCGACGAAAUAGAAAAUCGGCUCGAUAAAGACGCUCUCGAGAACAGCCGGACGCCGAGACAGAUGGUCGCCAGCUACUCCGCGCAGCUCCCGGGAGGCGGGGACUCCGCCGCGUCCAGGUCCUACAAUUUUCUGCCUGAUGAUGACUUAAACGGAGACUUCAUGUCCAAUAAGGCGUUUGAACUUGUCAUGGACGGCUCCGAAGGAUACAAACCCAAAGAUGUUGAAGACAACAGGAAACUGAAAGCGCCGAUAGUUUUUUUGGGAAUAAGCGUAGGUAAGUUCGAAGAUCAUUCUGAAACGAAGAAAUCAAGGAAGAUCAGGGAUUACUUCGAAACCGGAGCUUCUAAGGACAUUGCGAAUAAAGACAACAAAGUAUCUUCAUUGAAGUCCGAGGAGCUGUGUACGACCUCACCGCUGGGAACUAACCAUUGCAAAGCAAAGACGUUAGAAUCGAAAGGAAAUAAAACUGCAGACAAAAGUUACAUAAUAAAUAAAUUCUUUAAAGAAUCCAACAUAAAGACGGAAGCCAAUAUAAUUGAAGGACAAACUGCGCCCUCAGGAGAAUAUAAGGCGAAAUGUGACCCGGUACUAGAGACCAGCUUAGACAGACAAGAAUCGUUCUUUGCUAAAAUUCUAAACGACAAGUAUAAGGAAAAUAUAAGUGUACAGAAUUCAAAAAGUGACAGAAUAGUCAAACCGUGCACACCGGUCUGUGACGUCAUCGAGCGUGGCGAAGACAGUGACCAGUCAGAUUAUUCACGAUCGACCAUUAACGAUGAAAUCAAUAAAAGUAUUGCGCUGUUCGAUGAAGAUCCUCAGGACGUCCAACGUGUUGCCAGGACUAGGGAACUGCUCAAAUCUAAUGUUGAAGUAGAAAUUGGCACAGCCGGCAUUGACGUCGCCGGUCAGUCUCUGAGGGGUGAGGAGAGGUACAGUUGUCCUGAAUGCGGUAAAGCCGUACCCGUCGGAGAUCUAGGGACCCACGCCGACUAUCAUCUCGCGUUGAACCUAAGAGACGAAGAGAGGCAAACGUUUCGACUAGAGCGAGAUCAGUUUGAAGCGCGAAUUCCUGUUGAAGAUAAAAAGAAAAAGAAACCUCCGGACGAUAUUAAUAAAACUGAAAAUACAAUAGCUAAUUUUUUCGUCAAAAUCAACGAAAACGUACCGACGGAAACGUGUUCCGAGUGUGGGAGAAAAGUACAGUUAGAUAAGUUUUCCGAACAUCUGGACUUCCACGAGGCUCAGAGAAUUAGUCGAGAGCUCAAUAAGAAGGUUACAGUGAAAAUGGGAAGUGGCGAGAAAAGAAAAAAAAAGUCGCCCGUUCAUAAAUCCAAAUUGCCUUGUAAAUCUAUAACAUCAUUUUUUAAAUAAUUGUGAAUGAGAUUA